AUGCGACCGCGCAUGCUCAGACAUAUACUGGUAACCUCCAACAUGGCGGCUAGAGGCCAUGUGCAAGACCCUAACGAUCGGAGACUUAGACCCAUUUACGACUACCUGGACAAUGGCAACAACAAGAUGGCGAUCCAGCAGGCUGACAAACUGCUGAAGAAACACAAGGACCUGCACUGUGCCAAGGUGUUGAAAGCCAUCGGUCUGCAGCGAACAGGAAAGCAGGAUGAAGCAUUUAGCCUGGCCCAGGAGGUGGCGACACUCGAACCCACUGACGAUAACUCAUUACAGGCUCUCACUAUACUGUACAGAGAGAUGCACCGCCCUGAGUUGGUGACUAAGCUGUAUGAAGCUGCUGUGAAGAAGGUUCCCCUCAGCGAGGAGUAUCACUCUCACCUGUUCAUGGCCUACGCCCGUGUUGGAGAGUACAAGAAGAUGCAGCAGGCGGGGAUGGCUUUGUAUAAGACCGUUCCUAAGAACCCAUACUACUUCUGGUCUGUCAUGAGUCUGGUUAUGCAGGCCAUCUCGGCGCAGGAUGAGAAGUUAGCCCAGACCAUGUUCCUGCCCCUGGCUGAACGCAUGGUGGAAAAGAUGGUGAAGGAGGAAAAGAUUGAGGCUGAGGCUGAGGUUCAACUGUACUUUAUGAUCCUGGAGCGGCUGGGGAAGUGUGUGGAGGCUCUGGACAUGGUCCGCGGUCCACUGGGAGAGAAGUUGACCAGUGAGUUGCAGAGCAGGGAGAAUAAGUGUAUGAUGAUGUACCAACGACUGCAGCUCUGGCCUGAAUGCAACGCUCUGUCCAACAAACUACUGCUCAAAAAUCCUGAUGAUUGGCAGUUCUAUCUCUCCUACUUUGACUCUCUUUUCCAUCUCAUGGACAAGUCCUGGAGCCCACCUAAUGAGGAAGAGCACUGUGUGGAGGGUCCAGUGCAGACCACUGUGGCAGAGGCAGUGAAGUUUGUGGUGGACAGGAUGGAGGAGGAGGACAAGAAGGAGUCUCGUCCUCUCAGAGGUCCCUACAUGGCCUGCCUGGAACUCAUACACAGACUGAGACAGAGGGGCUGUCCUGAUGAGCAAGAGCUAGGAGAUCCGUUGGAGUUGAUGCUUCAGUUCUUUGGGAAGUUUGGAGACAAACCCUGCUGUAUUACAGACCUGAAGAUAUAUUUACACCUACUUCCCCCUGAGCAACACACACAGUUUAAAAACCGUCUGGGGGAGUUGGUUCCGUUGGGGGAGGUGGGUGAGGAUGGCUUUGGGUUUCCGGGGGAUACGAAGGCAUUGCAGAGACACUUGUGUGUGUGUCAGCUGAGCCGGGUGCUGGGACUUCAACACGCUCUGGACACAGAGGGCAAACUAUGCCUCAUCACAGAACUCAAAGCCCACUACCACUAUGGACUACAAUUUGGGAAGUCGUGUCUGAAGACAGAGCUCCAGUUCUCUGAUCCGUACUGUCUCAUGGUCGCUCACGUCUACAUCGACCUCUGGACAGAAACUGGCGAUGAGAACAUGCUGUGGCAGUGUCUAGGAGUAUUAGAGGAGGGUUUGUCCUUCAGUCCCUCCAACGCUCAGUUCAAACUACUGCUGCUGCUUCUUUUCUGUCGCCUCGGAGCCUUCCAGCCCGUAGUGGACCUCUACUCCAGCCUGGAUGCCAAGCACGUACAGCACGACACCAUAGGGUAUCUGUUAACUCGUUAUGCAGGGUCGUUGGGUCAGUUUGCUGCAGCCUCCCAGUCCUAUAACUUCUCCCUCAGGUUUUUCCACUCCAACCAGAAAGAUACCUCAGAGUACAUAAUCCAGGCCUAUAAGUAUGGAGCGUUUGAGAAAAUCCCAGAAUUCAUCGCGUUUAGAACCCGGCUCAACCAAUCUCUGCACUUCGCUCAGGUCCGCACCGAGAGGAUGUUACUGGACUUGUACACCGAGGCUGACAUCACAUCAAGUCUGGAGGAGAGUGUGAAGGCGAUGGGUCUGUGUCCUGAGGAGGAUGACAUUCCCUGGGACAACAUGAGGGACAACAGAGACCUGACUGUCCUCUUCAGCUGGGACCCCAAGGACAGGGAGCUGACUGAGGAGCAUCGUCGUCUGUCUAUAGAGGAGGAGUCGGUCUGGUUAAAGGUUCGCUCUCUCACGCUCCGCCUCCUAGCCUCAUUGGCUCUGCUCGGACACGCCCCCUCAUCACGGAACUCUGAUAAGACCAAUGAGAAUGGUGUAUCAGCCAAAAGCUCCACCCUCCAGACCCUCCUCUCCCAGCUAGACCUGACGCUACAGACCGCAGCCCAGAUCACAGAGAAACAGACACAGUACCCGUUCGUGGGCCCUCCCUCCUCCCGCCUGGCCACUGCUCUGUCUAGUGGCAGCUGUCACUGUCAGGCCUCUGCUCUGCAACUAUCACUGACUCUUCAGGAACUAGAGACCACUGGACUGGACGACUCGUCAGAACUCCAAACCCAGAUCUGUAACUCCUUCAAAUCAUUAAUAGUACAACUCCAAGAGCUGUUAUCCAGAUGUAAAGGAGAAGUGUUGGAGAUGAAAGACAGCAGAUUGAUGACCCAGCCCUCCCUGUUGGAAACACUGGUCUUCUUCGUCGAGACUGUGUGUGUGGUGCUGUGGGUGGCCAGUUACUCUGCCAGCGUCCUGCGACCGCUCAAGUCCAGCCUACAGAAGAAGAAGAAGAAGAAAAAGGACAGCAGCACAGCCAUGCCAGUGGUGCUGAGUGGCUUCCAGGAGUGGACAGGCAGCCUACAGGGCAUUGUGACCCAGGCUCUGGAUCACGUGAAGGGGCAGGAGGCCAGCCUGACAGCCCUCAAACUAGCAGCACUCACCCUGGGGGUGGGACACGCACAGACACAGGAGGAGUGUGGAUUCACCAGGGCAGCCAUGGACAAGGUUCAGACUAGUUAUCUUGGCUCGCUACAGGAGCUGGGAGAUCUACUGAGGAAGAGAGCUGAUUCGCUGAAGAGCCUCAAGUUCUGACCAGCAAUCACCCUUCAAUCAAUAUUGUCAUACCUAUCUCUCACUAUUAUACUGGAUCACCUCAUCUAACUGCACCCCCACACAGAGCCUUCUCCCCCUGCUCCUCUCAAAGGAGGUGUUGCUUGCUGCCAACAGUCUUUCACUUCAUCCUCUUCCCUCUCCUUUUCCACAUAUCCCUCACUCUGGGUGUCACUUUAUAUUACACAGGACUCCCUUUCUCACCGUGAGAACCAUCACUGCUCUCUCUCUCAGCAAGGAACCACAGAUAUUUCCGGUUUAUUAUAUGUGAUAAUGUCACAGAGAAGCUCCUCAAACAUACUAGAGCAACAUACGAAAUAAGCAAUUUUAGAACUAAACUAAAUUAUUGUACAUAGUCCGCAGAUGACAGAUCAACUACCACAGCAACAACUCCUUGACUGAACGUGAAUGAACUAAGCAACGUUUUCCCCUUAGUUGUUUUUUCCCAGCCGCUGUUGCUUCCAUGGUGACAGUCAGAUGAGAAGAUCUGCUUCUGUUUUCCAUGUUGGACCCCUCACUUCCCGAGCUUGGCCUUGCAGUCCAAACAGCUACACUGUUGUCAGUGACACUCUUCUGCUCAUAAGAACAAAUGGGGCGGAGAUGGUGCUUAGCUUACUGUAUGAAAACGAGGACAGCUGAACAAAGUGUUCUUUGCGUAUUUUACACGCAAGGAAAGCUGAACACGGCCCUAACUCUGAAAAGCUUCUGAAUUGUUUGUUUCAGAAGUGCACAACUCCAGUGCUGAUUUUAGGCAUUGACUUUUAGCCAGAAACCUGGGAAACGAGUUGUCAUCACUCCUCUCCGGGCAACCAUGACUUAAUAGGUCAGUUUAGAGCAGAUGAGUAUACUACAACGUAGGAUCAAGGAGUUAGCCAGCUAACUUGCCUAAAUAUAUAUCUUUUUUUUUUUUUUUUUAAGAUGAGCUUGGUCUAAUUGACUCAACCAAAACCACAUAAUGUUUAGCUUUCUUAAUGAACCAGGAAAUCAACAGUUAUUUCUGGUUCUCUCAUUGAACCUGCUUUGUAGUAUGCACCUCUGGUUGGGUUCAUCACCCUGCUCGCCACCAGUCCAUGCCUUUCAAUCCCAAACUCCCCCUUUGUGUUCUGUCUAUUUGAAACCCCCUCUGUAGUUAUUGGAAAGCAAUCACAGGAAAAGAUUGGAAUACCUGAAUCUGAAAAUACAUACUGUAAGUAAUGUAUUUGCAUUCUAUGUUGGUGCAAAGUAUAUGUAGCUUGCCUGGUUUAGUUAAAUUACGACAGUCAGUGGAUGGUUUGUUUUAACACUGUAGGAGAGAAACCAGACAGUUAUACAACCUGUUUAUUCAGAGGUGCUAGUGUUAAGUGCUGUGGAAACAGUUCUCUCUGACAAUGGCUGAAACCCAAAAUAUCUAAAUGUGAAGGAGACAACCAACGUGUCCGAUUUGCAAUGAAGAUGGGGAAUGUUUUUGAAAUAGUCCUUCAUUGGCUCUUCAGGGUGCAUCUCCCUACUCUGUCAACCGUUAUGUUAGCUGCACUGAUCUCCCGCAAUUCAUUUCACUAACCAAAACUGUCAAGGGCAUCAUAUGACUCAUUAGAUCAGUCACAAUUUACCAAUGAUAUAUUGCGGUUUGAUCUUCUCUAACAUGGCCGUUGUCUUAAACCCCACCCUAUGUAUAACUAUAUACCAAAAACGUGGCUCUGUUGCUAUGGCAUUUCACCUGCUAGCUACAGAUAGACCUAUACCAUGCAGCGAGAGGAGACUUGUAUCAGACAGACAUCAGGGUCACGUUCAGUAGCAUUGUGGAACGCUCUAAAAUAGAGGUCUGUUCUAAUCAAUGCAUUGCAAACUAAGGGCUCUAUUCAGUCUAUCACGGAAGUUCAGCGUGAUAGGCAAUGUUCGAGUUAGUGCAUUUCCACAUAUCUUUUGGGACGAUGAAACGGGCCCAUGGUUGGAUCAAAUUUGGGGAAAGCUGAAUUUUAUGCAAUUAUUCUGUGAUCUCGCAACGCUAUUAACCAAUUAACGCUCACUAUAGCUUCCAGCCUCUAUUGGAUUGGCAGUUGAUACCUAGCCUGCUUGCUAGCAACCACAUGAGGGCGAAGCUAGAAUGCUAUCCAAAUUAUCCCGUUAUGCGGAGACUACAAACGAUGGUAAAAAAAAACGCAUGUUGGCUCAAUCGGAAAUGACUUUAUUAAUCUGUAACGCUACAGCGAUAUUGAAUAGAGCCCUAAACUAGUAGACAUGUUUACAGCCGGGGGCACUGAGACUGACUAAUAUCGAUUUCUAUAUGCUUUGGUUUAUUUUGUGUUGUAGGUUUAGUUUAUCCUUUUUAAACAAGACGUGGACGAGAGAGCAGGAACGUUGAACAGUUUGAUCCUCCCACACUGACCCCUCAAACCCAAACCCCCGGACAGAUGGGACCCUCUCUAGAGGCUGUCAGUGGACUCAUUUUGAGGUGCCAUCAAUUUAUACUCAUCCUGUCUCUUUUGCUAGAAAAUGGAAAACAAAAACACUGGAAUGUCAUUUAAAAAUAUAUAUAUGAACAAAUCA